GCAUGCGCGUCAGAACGGACGGCACUGCAGAAGCAGGCGAGUUCGCGAGUGUAUCGAUUUUACGAUCGUGUCUCUCGCCGCUAGUGCGUCCGUUUCCUUUAGUUUUUAGUGGCCGUGCUCGUAGUACAUGGAUAAAAUCGUGAAUGGGAUUAGUCGCUAGUCUCUUCACUCCGUACACCCGCUGACUCGCAACACUUCGUCACCCUCGCCAUGACCAAGGAUAGAUUAGGAGCCCUCGUCGCGGCCCAGUCGGACGACGACGACGUGGCGGACGAUGUGUCCGUCAACGUCGGCGGGCCCGAUGACUUUAUGACCGAGUUUUUCGCGGAGGUGGAGGAGAUCCGCGAAAUGAUAGACAGGAUCCAGACGAACGUAGAGGAUGUGAAGAAAAAGCACAGUGCCAUCUUGUCGGCGCCACAGACCGACGAAAAGGUCAAAAUGGAGCUGGAAGACCUGAUGUCCGACAUCAAGAAGACGACGAACAAAGUCAGAGCCAAGUUGAAGGUGAUAGAGCAAAAUAUCGAGCAAGAGGAGCACACGAACAAAUCGUCGGCGGAUUUGAGGAUACGCAAGACGCAGCACUCGACGCUUUCCAGGAAGUUCGUCGAGGUGAUGACGGAAUACAAUCGGACGCAAACCGAUUACAGAGAACGGUGUAAGGGAAGGAUACAGCGGCAGCUGGAAAUCACCGGUAGAACGACCACCAACGAGGAACUAGAAGAAAUGCUGGAACAAGGAAAUCCGGCCGUGUUCACGCAAGGGAUCAUCAUGGAAACGCAACAAGCGAAACAGACCCUUGCCGACAUCGAGGCGCGUCACGCUGAUAUUAUCAAACUAGAAAACUCGAUUAGGGAACUCCACGACAUGUUCAUGGACAUGGCGAUGUUGGUAGAAAGUCAGGGGGAGAUGAUAGAUCGCAUAGAAUACCACGUGGAACACGCGGUGGACUACGUGCAGACGGCUACGCAGGACACCAAAAAAGCGCUCAAGUAUCAAAGCAAAGCCCGACGGAAGAAGAUCAUGAUCAUGAUCUGUCUCGCUAUACUCGCCGUUGUUGUGGCCACCACCAUCGGUGGAUACUUUGGACUGUGAACGCCGCAAUCGGAAAAAACCACACGCGUCGCCGUGGUGUACGUAAACGCGAACCGUCGCCAGCACCUGUACCCAGGCGAAUCGGCCGGAAACGUUGGACGCGUCGCCCCUUCGGCGUCGAAUCGGCUCUGUCCCGACCUCAGCGGCAACACCACCACCACUACCAUCACCGUCGUCGUCGUCGUCGUCGUCGUCGUCGUCGUUGGAAGCAGCGACGUCAACCGGUCGUCUCGAUUUCGAUCUUGUACGCGGCCUCGUCGACGGCCCUUUCGUCCACGCACGCCACUCCUCGUUCCACGGAUCGCCGCCGAAUUCCUUCUUUUGUUGCGCGUACUGCCCAUCCGUUAUCGCGACGCCAAGAGAAUCCCGAAGCCGAAGCGUCUGUACAAGUAACACGAUCUACGACUGCGCCAGCAACGCGAGCAACGAAUAGUCGUCGUCGUCGUCGUUGUCGCUGUAGUUUGAUCGAAAUUGCCACCCUUUUCGUUUCGUUUCGCUCCUAUCCUUAUCCCGUUAGUAAGCCCUUUACGCGCUAGUCUCGUAUCGUUUCCCGAACUGUAUCGCUUGCACGCAAUCGAGACGAUCUCUGGCGUAGAUCAUCGGUUCGCAUCCUUUCUCGAUUCUUGCUAGGAAGCUAGAUGCUCCGGAAGAGAAUAAAAAGCGACCGAGACGCGGAACGAUUAGAGGCGCGCGGGCGACGACAAGGAGAUAGAAAACGCGAUCGAACCGUAUCGAUUCGCGUGUUCGCCCGAUCGAGAUGAGGCGAUGAAGCGAAGCCUAAAACCCAAUGGAAUCGUGUAACGCGAGACUAUCGAGAUAAUCCUGUCGUUGGUCGCGGUAUAUUCGGUGGCCGCGGUGUCGAUCACUUAACCGAUUACCUAGCAAAGUGCAUUCUUUUGACUGUGAUUCUUAACCGAGCUUGGAAAUUAGUUCUUUACAGAUCUCGAAAUAGUUCGAAACGAAGCCGCGGUAGUAACUUUGACGCGCACGAUGCGUGUAUCACGCACACAAUCGCUACGCUACAUAUCAUAACGAUUCUACUAAUGGCGUAGAUUAUUGAAAUCUUACCCCCUCAGCCCGAGCCCCUCUUUCUCUCUUUCUCAAUUCCCCGUCGUAACUGUUCCGGGUAUUCGUAUAUCGAAUGGGAACCGAACGUGGUUCUCACCUUAGAGAAAAACGUAGAUUUAUCGGAACGGUAACGUUGACAAAAGAGACAACGGUUUACUAGGACUAGGGAAACGUUGAACGGUAGAGAGACGAUUGACGAGAGCGCAAAGGACGAAUUUCCAAGUGAGUCGCUACGUUAGGGGUAGCUUUCGUGCGAGGGAUGAUACGCGUGUCAGGUCGCGAAAGUAUCGUGUGUACAGAGUUCGUUUCUCGGCCGCCCCCGCUAUUCUAUCGGCAAUCUUUCUACCCUGAUUGCGUUGCACGAAACGCCAUUAGGCUUUGGGCGUGCCGAGACCAAGCUGUCGCGUAGAUAAAUUCUUACGGAGAAACGGAGCAGAGGAGAGACUCGAUGUUUCUUCUUUCAGUUCAGUUCGUGGGUGGUGCGUUCGUUGUCGCGUAACCCGAAAUGAUGUCGAUCGGCGACGACGAUGACGAGAGUAUCGGUGCGUGGUUUCAUCGAACGACAAUACAGAGAGAAAUGAAAAAAUGAAACUAGACAAUUUGUUGUUUUGCGUUGGUUUUACGUUCGUAUCGAAAUCGCGAGUCGACGCGGUGCGGGCGGUUCUAGCGAAUAAAUAAAUUCGUCCAAAGUCGGAAAGAUGUCUUCGAAGCGACUGGUCGAACACGGGGCGCGGAUAAAAAUCGGCUAGCGAAUAAGGGAGGAGCAAUGGGACGCAAUGACGAGAAGAAGAACACGCGGACUAGGAGAGAAAUGGAGAUCUAUAAAGCUGCAGCAAUAAUAUAUAAUAUAGGUGUACGGGAGAAUAAUUAACGCUAAUACAAUCGUCGAUGAUAAAGUCUGGAUCGUACCGAAUAUAUCGUAUGUACACGACAAAUGUAUACAUAUAUUUAAUGCUAUUAUGUACGUACGUGUGUAUAUGUAUGUAUACGUGUAUAUGCGUAUUUAUCGUAAGGUGUAUAAAUCGCAUAUCGGAUAUACGUAUUAUACGCACCUACGAUACGAUAUACAAUUAUAAAGGUAUACAUAUUGAAACACGGUAUACGGGUGCAGGUAAGCCAGCGGGAGUAAUAAACGCGUACGCGAACUCUGUAAACGCUUACUCGCACGCGUAGACGCGUGUAAGGGCAUUGCGCGCCCACGCAAGCACCCUACGUUCACACAGAGACAUAUUACAUGUAUAUAAAA